CUGUAAGCGCUCACCACCCGGUCCGCUUUCUUUACAGUCAUUAAUUAAAGACUAUAGUUUUGCUAAUUACACACAGAACAUUUUUUUUCUGCUCUUUAAAGGGCUUUUCGUUUCUGUAAUCGUAUUCUCCGUUGUUUUAUUUUGCAGUUUCCUACUCGCGCCGUGCGCAUUACUUAAAAUGGUGUAUAUUAUACCACAAGGUUCUUAUUACCGCUUGGCGGCAUUUUUUGCCAUACCACAUUUGUUUCUGGGGAUAUUUAGCCUAAUUCCCAUAAUUGUAACCGGAGUGAUGAAUGGAUACGUCGUUUGGAUGUCCAUUGUUCUGGUAGUGUAUAUCAUCAUCACUGGCAUCAUUGGCAUGUGUGGAUUAUGCUUCGUCCAGAAUAACAGUCCACCCAAUCUUAGUCAGCCUACCGAUUCCGCGCAAGCCGGAGAUGCCGGUCUGAAGUUUUUCAACCUCACUGUUGGCCUCAUGGUCGUUGGAAUAGGCAUUGCCCUGGGCUCCAUCAUCCAUGGCGGCGUGAGUCUGGCAUCACUGCCGUAUUACUAUGGCUCAUCUUCGGGUGCAGUGGCCAUUUCCUUUGGAUUCUUUUUUAUUUUUGUGGAAUUAAUUUCCAUUGUCCGUGCUGUCGCGGUUGUCAAAGCGGCAACUGCGGGUGGCAGUGCGCCGGUUAUUCCCGCUGCGGGUCAACCCGGUCAACCAAUUGUGAUAGGAGGUUAUCAUCCAUCGUCAACGGGACAGUCGAUGGCGCCGCCUGGAAUGAUGCCGCCGUAUUCACCGAAUCCUCAAAUAAAUGGUCAGUACAUGCCCACCUCCGCCACUUUGAAUUAUCCACAUAAUGCUGGAUUUUACGAUUCGAACUACGGAUCAGAAAAUAUGCAGCAUGAUGCACCGCCAGCGUAUUCAGAAGCUGUCAAAUACUGAUAUGUAGCGUUUGUGAAAAUUGUAAUCUUAUCAUUUUGCUCACGAAUUGUUUAUUAUUCGGCUAUGACAAUUGUCCAUAUCUGAUAAACAUUUCCAAAGUUAGUUUCUUCUACAAGUUUGAAAUGUUUACUCUUGUGUUAAUUAUCACUUUUUUCUGCCAGUUGACAAGUCUACGAGUAUCUGCUGUAGAUGACCUUACCUGCAGCAUCUCUAAACCUCUUUGACCUUUGGGGACGGCAGCGAAGGAAUAUACUCGUACAGUAGGGUCACAGAUGCAAGAGAAAAUAACGAUUGUACUGUAAUAUUGUUGUUAUGAACGAGUUCGCUUUUAAGAACGGUCACGGAGCAUGUUUGUUGGUCUCAUAUGGCAAUUUUUUAACCUUUUUUCCGUUCCUUGAUACGUUGCUGACCGGUUCAGCAUAAUUAAUUAAUUUGGCAAAUUUUCUUAUGAUUCGUAAAGUUUACGCGCGGUCACAACUGGACACCCUGCUGUUAUUA